CAACAGGCCUUCAGUUGGAUUCCGUGCAGUCAGUCCGCAUUCGUAGAACAUCGUGAACAGCAGUCGCCAGUCGCCGGAAGUAACUCGUCAACGAAAAAAAAAAACCGUGGUGAAUUUGUCGGAUAAUAGAUUAAGAAACAGGAAUUCAGUGAUACUCCAGAUUAUCAUCGAUCAUUAACGAUGGCCCCCAAGGAUGAUGCCGAAGUGACCGCUCUCAAGAAAGAGCUGAACGAUCUGAUCGCCAAAAUGAAGGAGGACCAGAAAAAGGCAGCCGACUGUACGCUAAAUGACAAAUGUUCCGAUAUGGGAGAUGUGCCGAAAGUGCGUAUCAGCACGAAAAAGUUCCUGAAAGGACACAUCAACAAGGUUAACUCGGUACACUAUGCAGGGGAUUCGAGGCACUGCGUGACGGGCUCGCUCGAUGGCAAAUUGAUCAUCUGGGACACGUGGACCGGAAACAAGGUACAAGUUAUUCCGCUACGGUCGGCUUGGGUCAUGAGCGUGGCAUAUGCCGAUUCGGGGAAUUUCGUUGCCUGCGGUGGAAUGGACAACAUGUGCACCGUUUACGAUUUGAACAAUCGAGACGCUCAAGGCAAUGCCAAAAUCGUUAGGGAGCUGGCUGGGUACGAGGGGUUUUUGAGUUCCUGUCGAUUUUUGGAUGACACGCAUGUGUUGACUGGGUCAGGUGAUAUGAAAAUCUGUAUCUGGGAUCUUCAGGUUGGCAAAAAGACAUCAGAAUUUGAUGCUCACGCCGGUGACGUUGUGUCCAUCUCGAUGAGUCCGGACAAAAACACCUAUGUGACGGGAUCGGUCGAUCGUACUUGCAAGCUGUGGGACGUCCGGGAAUCGACACCGAAGCAGACAUUCUUCGGCCACGAAGCCGAUGUCAAUAGCGUUAGUUAUCAUCCGAGUGGAUAUGCCUUCGCCACCGGUUCGGAAGAUAAAACGGCUCGACUGUUUGAUUUGCGAUCAGAUCAACAAAUCGGACAUUACGAGCCGCCAAACAAGAGCAGUGGAUUCACUUCUUGUGCACUUUCCCUAAGUGGAAGAUACAUUCUAUGUGGAUCAGAUGACAACAACGUUCACAUCUGGGAUUCCAUGAAGGGUCAACACAAUGGAACACUAAGCGGUCACGAAAAUCGAGUCACCUCGAUCUGCAUGGCUCCAAAUGGAAUGGCACUGGCAUCGUGCAGCUGGGAUCAGCAUGUUCGCAUUUGGGUCUGAGGCGGGACAUUCGAAGUCAAGUAACAGACAAGUGAAACGGAACCAUGCUACGAUUUAACAUAGAAAAAAUUUCUUCCAUAAUUUAUUGUUCAUUUCAGCCGAAGUCAAAGUUGACAACGAAUCGUUUCCGAAAAAACAAAUAAGGACAUUCACUAAUUAACACUAAUCAUGAUUGAUGUCCAUUGAGAUGAAAGUUAAAAACAUUAAAGAUAUAAAACAUUGUUAUUACACAAAA